AAAAUAGCCCUGUUUACGCUCCCUUCUUUGGCUCCUUGGGAUGUGCUGCCGCAAUCAUUUUCACAUGUUUCGGUGCAGCAUAUGGUACCGCUAAAUCCGGUAUCGGUAUUUGUGCUACAUGUGUUUUAAGACCAGACUUGAUGAUUAAGAACACUGUUCCAGUUAUUAUGGCAGGUAUUAUUGCUAUUUAUGGUUUGGUCGUCUCUGUUCUUAUUUCGUCGUCCUUGAAACAAGAGCAGGCUCUUUAUACUGGUUUUAUCCAGCUUGGUGCUGGUUUAGCAGUCGGAUUGUCUGGUUUAGCUGCUGGUUUUGCCAUUGGUAUAGUUGGUGAUGCUGGUGUUAGAGGUACAGCUCAGCAACCAAGAUUGUUCGUUGGAAUGAUUUUGAUCUUGAUUUUCGCUGAGGUUUUGGGUUUGUACGGUCUUAUUGUCGCUUUGUUGAUGAACUCCAGAGCCACACAGGAUCUGGCUUUCCCCUUUUUAAGCAGUGAACAGGCGGUUAUAGCGAAAAAAUCAUUGGAGCCCGAUCCAAUAUUAAAACCGGAAGAGUUGGAAGCAUUGUUUGAAGUUGAUAACAAUGUUUUGAAAAUUAUAUUACGCUCGUCAUCGGAUAGAAUGAUACGAAUAAUUGCGAAUAACUUUAUGGACAAUAUUAAGACAGUGAUAGAAUGCCUUGAGAACUUUGAUCCCGAAGCUCAACAGUGA